ACUAAGAGAGUUCCACUCCUGCGCGGAUACGACAGCAAAGUGAACGCAAAGCUGAGGACAGCCAUCACCAGCCUGAAAUUUCCACGGCAAACAUCCACCAGAUAUAAACCACAUUAUUCUUUAUUCCUUGUACCCAAAACCUGGAAGCAAGCACAGAGCUACUGCAGAGAGAGAGGCGGCGACCUGGCCACCUUUUAUUACUUGAGAGGGAUGGAAAAACUUCUUCAAAAUAUUGAGGGCAAAUACGAUAAUGCUGUGUGGAUUGGUUUGAAUAAAGGAAAGACUCUAAAGUGGCACUGGUCUCUAGCAGACAAAGACAUGUACAAGGAGGGAGAGAAAGAUUAUUUAUUGUGGAGUUUCCAAAGUGUUGACAACUGUGCAGUUUACAGUGAAGGAAAACUGCACCAACUUCAAUGUCCAUUCCAGAACCGUUUCAUUUGUUUUGAUGCAACAAAAAAAGGAGUGGACCAGUACAUCCUCAGUUCGAGUAAAAUGAAUUGGACUGCUGCCCGGGACUUCUGCAGAAAACACUACACUGACCUGACCAGCCUGAGGAAUGCCGCCGAGUACCAAACAGUCAGCGAAGUGGCAAAGGGACUUGCAGUGAGCACCGGCAUCUUUAGAGACCCCUGGGUGUGGUCAGAUAAGGCUAACUCUUCGCUGAGGUACUGGAGGGCAAAGCAGGAAGUUUGGGCCGCAUCAGCUGCAAACUGUGUGGCUUUGUUGAAGGAGGAAUCUGGGAAAUGGGGAGACCUGGACUGCGCAGAAGCACAUCCAUUCCUCUGCAUGGGAACAAAACAGCAGAUGAAGCAGAAGCUGGGUGGGCAAGAUGUCCGCCUUCACUGGAAGAAAAACGCCGAAGGAAAGAUUUUCACCAAGGAGUCAGCCAAACGUGACCCAGAAGAGGACAAGUAGAGGAAGUUUGGACAAAACAAGCGUGGAGAAUUGGAACGAAAUCAUGUAUGCUUCUUUGCCAUUGUGAAAACAAUGUUCUAGUUUUAGUUAGCGUGGCCAGUCUGCUUGUAACUUUGUAGAUAAGUUCCUGUCAUCAUCAGACUGUAUCAUCCAACUAUCCACAGUUAUGGUUUGCUGAUGUUUACAGAUAAAUGUUUAAAGUUAGGUUUAGCUGCCAAAAGUACCUGGCAAUGGAUAGAACAUACAUGUUCAUAUGGACGUCUCAGGAUGUUUAAAGCUGGGUACACCUUUUCCUCUUUAGCCUUUU